AUGUCGUUCCAGAACGUUGUUGAAAACUCCACGACCACCAACCUGAACGGGUCGACGAACGGGCACACAUCCACUCACAAAUAUGACCCCAACUUCACCGACAGCCUCAUCAACGCCAUGGGCCCCAAGACCCCCGACCGGGCCCGAUUUGUCUUGGGGAAGCUGAUCCGCCAUCUCCACGACUUCGUCCGCGAAACCGAGCUGACGCCCGAAGAAUGGAUGCGAGGCGUCCAGUUUGUCAACGCUAUCGGUCAGAUCAGCGACUCCAAGCGUAAUGAGGGGCAGCGAAUCUGUGAUGUGCUCGGCAUUGAAUCGCUCGUCGAUGAGGUGGCCAACAAAAUCAUGCUCGACAGUGACGAGACGCCCACGUCGUCGACAAUUCUGGGACCUUUCUGGAGCCCUCACGCGCCAUUCCGGGAGCUCGGCGACAGCAUUGUCCAAGACCCAUACCCAACCGGCAGAGUGACCCUCAUGCACGGUGUGGUCAGCGACUACAAGACCGGAAAGCCCAUCCCCAACGCCAUUGUGGACAUCUGGCAAGCCUCGGCGAACGGCAAGUACGACUUCCAGGACGACGAACAGUCCGUCAACAACCUGCGCGGCAAGUUCAGGACCAACGAGAAGGGCGAGUACUACUACUACUGCUACCACCCGACCGCAUACUCGCUCCCCACCGACGGCCCGGCCGGUGUCCUGCUAAAGCUCAUGGACCGCCACCCCAUGCGACCGGCUCACAUCCAUCUGAUGGUCAGCGCUGACGGCUACAAGUCGUUGACCACCCAGCUCUAUCCCCGCGACGACCCCUACGUGACCAGCGACUCGGUGUGCGCGGUCAAGGACGAUCUAUUGCUCGACUUCAAGCCGUCCAAGGACCCCAAGGCCGAGCUGGAUCUGGAGUACAACGUCACGUUGGCUCCCUUGAAGCCGGGCCAGAAGGCUGGCUGGGUUCACACCGUGUUUUAG